UACUCGUACAUUCUUUCGUGAUUUUUGAAAUUCUCGGGGGGGCCGAGGCCCCCCUUAGGCCCUGUGUAGCUCCGCCCCUGGCUGAUGCAUAUAUCGCUAGCAAUGCUACCACCGCGAAAGAAGUGGCCAUCUUGAACAACUGGCCAUGGCUGCUGGAAGAUGAUGAUGUGCUUGCCAUUGUGAAGAAAGGAAGAAGCUUCCUGGUUCUUUUGGCAAAUAGAGGUGGUGGGUUCUUAUACAAGAAGAAUUUUACUAAUUGCCCAGUUGAUGAAUGAUGUCAUGGCUAUGUGCUGUGUGGAGCAGGUGGGUUUUGGCCUUUUGGGGUUGUUCUUCAAUUUGUUUCUGCUGAAAAAGUCAGAUCUUGGAAGCAUUAAUUAACUUGAGGGUUGAGAAAUGCUGCAUCAUUGCAAUGUUUUAGACAAUUAUUAGAGUCUAAGUGCAGAAAACCAGCAUAUAUGUUUGUAAAUGGAAACUAAUAAUUGGAAACUUUCUAUACUUAAAAGAACUUAAAAAAUGGAAAUGAACAUUAGAAUUCUGAGACCUAGUAAAAUGUACUUCUCUGUACAGGGGAGACUUAGUAGUCUGUACUGAUAGAGUUGACUUCAUAAGUUGUCCAAAAAUUGCAGUACAAGUAUUGCCUGCCUCACAUGCCAAGCUGGGAAAGAAACCUUGUAACAGAAGCAAGAGACUGGCCAGUUAAAGACACAGAUGAACCAUGCUUGUUCAUGCCCUAUAUUGCUUGCUUAUCCUUUGCCAUUGGAACCAGUUUGAAAUUAUCCUGAAUCAGUACAUUUUGGCCUUUUGGGAGAGAUCCAAUAACGAAUCAUAUAUCAUUUCCUUACGCGUCCCUCAAAUGGAAGUCAACCCUUGAACUUGAAUUUGCACAGAAGACCUAUCAUACAUAUACUAAUCAAGCGUUAACUUUGAGGUUUAGAGAUUCAGACACAUGUUGAGAGAGAUACCAAUUACGAAUCAUAUAUCAUUUACUUACAUGUCCCGCAAAUGGGACUCAACUAGUGGACUUGAAUUUGUACAGAAGACCUAUCAUUUACUAACCAGUGGACUUAAGCUCAAAUUCGUCAUCCCAAGCACAAGAAAAUUAUCAAAUAUGAGUUUAUAGUUGUUACUGUUUUCGAGGAGGCUAAGACGUCAUUUUAGCUUUAAACCUCAUCUUUUACUUCCGGGUUGCGGUUAGCCUUACGAAAAUCAUAUAAACAUUCACAUUAAAAUAGGACAUAUUUGUUAAAACAUAAACUUAAUAUUUCAUGAACUAAACACAUAUCUAAACACAUUGUUAUUGGCAGUUUCACCAAAUGCGGAAUUUACACUUUCUUUUCGCAUGUUCAUAGUCCUAAUAAAUCUCCAAGAAACUAACCAAUCAAUGAAUUAAACCACAUAGGACAAAAGAAUCACAUGUAUUACGAAUAGUGAAAAAGUAAUAUGAAACCAUAAUUGAGAAAAGAGCAAAUUCAUAGGAUUGACCACUUCAAUGACAUUUAAAUAAGCAAUUUCUCUCUCGUCACAUGAUAACCAACAGUUCAACAAUUACAUUACAGUUUCACCUUUUGUAGGCAUAAUUGUAGACCUAACAACUUUCCUCGAUUUUAACUCCACCAUACAACUUUUUAAAGUUGCAAACUCGAAUCUCGUUUAGAAAUAAAAAGUUCAUCCAAAACCACAAAAAGUUCGAUAAUAAUUGAAAACAAAAAGGAUCCCAAAAAUAAAGUUGAUAGAAUAUGAACAUACAAGAGGAUCAACGACCAUGGGCUGAUGUAUGUCCAGAUCUCUUGAAUUCCAUCUACAACAGACUCUCGUCCCAUGUUGACGGUACUCACUUUAGCGGCGUAUGCAAUAACUGGCACCAGGUUCACUCUCACAUCGCUCUUUACAAUCCCCGACCAUUUUUUAUUAAAAAUGGACAGUUUUCCAGCUCGGACGUCUUCCAAGUGCGGGAGGGUAAUCAACUAGUCCUCCAACGACGCCGUGAAUCUCAAAUCCCGUAUUGCCUUGCAAAUGUAGACAUAAGAAUCCUAGGGAUGGCUGGUGCGUGGUUGCUUGUAAAAGUGCGUGACGCUGGUUUGGGCUGGUACAAUCCUCUACUUCGAAGUCCAGCAAACUACAUUAGUCUUCCCAUCCCGAGUUGGCAUUUUUCUACCUACGACUACCCUUACGGACCAGACACAGUGCUCAAAUUUGCUUUCUCAGCGCUACCCACUGCUCAGGACUCAACGAUCCUCGUGGUGUAUGGUGACCGCUAUCUAUGCAUGUUCCGUCGUGAAAACAAUGGUAAAUUUGAGCAAAAAACAUAUGAUUUCUCCUUGGGUGGGAAAAAAGGACAAACAUGCCUUGGCGUGGGCUACAAAGAUGGUAGAUUCUUCUGUUUAUUUGAAAUGGGGGAUAUGUUGAUUUUCAGCAUCGACGAGAAUGAGGCCAGGAUGUUGUUGGCAGCGACUAAGCCCCUACUCCCAGAACAAAUCCAACAAUGGGACUAUUUGUGUGUUGUGGCAGUGGUGGUGGCGAAAAAGGCCACGACGGCAAAUGAUCGAUACCAUGAGGUAGAAGAGAUGAUAGGGUUUAGGCUAGUCACUCAUUGGGAGCGAGAUCGUGAAGGGAGUUUCAUGCUAGUCACAUUGGAGGAAGAGAAUAACGAUGGUAAUGACAUGGAGGCCAACAAUGAAACAACAGGAGUGAUUUUAGUGAAGGAUCGGUUGCCAUUGAAGAGGAAUUUUGACAUAUAUUAUAUGAAAAUACUGUGUGCUCUUUUUUGCAUGCUUUUAACUUCUUUUAUUGUUGGGAUUGUCUUGUUCUUCCGAACUUAGAGUAAUGAAGUGUUGAAUAAAAUUAGUGUUGAUGAUAGGUGUAUUGGCAUUGUUUUAACUUUUAGGGCUAAUUCUUCCAAUGGAACACCGGAACGAACUAUGACUAAAAGGCCACUUGUUAAUAUUUUACCCAGCCAUUUUUUUCCUAGUGGCGGAGAUCUCUUAUUCCCCAGAAGCAGAGCCACAUUCAAAAGCUCUCUUGUGUAAGUCAAUUCUCCGUGCAUGGCAAGUGUUGCUAACUUGCUGAUAGUUGUCCAUCGUUUGUCAAAUUUGAUCAGUAUCUUACAAUUUAAUUAAUACUUAAAAGUUUGAUGAAUUGAGAUGAUUUCAGAUUUGGGGUCAUGAAAAGCAUUCCCAUGAUGUUAAAGAGAAAAGGAAUUAGGUGCUACUAUUUGUACGAAGUAGUUUAACUAGCUUGUUGUCCGACCCGUUGGUCGGAAAGUCAUUUGAGUACAAUGUAUUUUUAUGUGUAUUUAAAAUUUUAUAUUAUUUUAAAUGUUGAAUUUCGUAUGAUAUUAAGGUGACAUCGAAAUUAUUUUUCCAAUUUCAAAAUUCUUAUAACUUUUUAUCAAUGAUAAACAUUGGAAUCUUAAUGGUUAUAAUCAAAGUUGUGAAACCGGUUUAAGACGUUGAGUCGAUCAAGCAAGUAGUUUGACUGAGAUCCAACCUGUUUGAGCUGUUUUACACCUUUUCUAAAUAUAUAUAUAUAUAUAUAUAUAUAUAUAUAUAAGAGAUAGAAAUUUAGUGACUGAAAUGGAAAAUUCUAACUUGUAUCUAUUCAAAACUCAAAUUUCAUAAAAAAAUACCUAUCUCAAGAGUCAAGAUCCACCUACCAUCUCUUUGCCUCUCUAUUCUUGUCCCUCUAUAACAAUCAGACCUUUGGUUUGUAGAGCCCGUUUUGGAGCACGACUUUGGUCGGACCUAGUACAACUAGCGGUCCGGUAGAGGUGUAAAAAUCUUGAUUAUAACACUCGUGAAUAAUCACCCAUAACUUGUUUGUUUAAUGAUGUAGUCACUUAGUUGCCUAUGGUGGAAAAGAAAAUUGACAUAACAAUAAAAGAGUUUGUCUGAAAAAGCGUAGCAUAAAUAGGAAACUCAUGAUCAUAACCUUUAGUCAAUAUUUAUUUCUUUUGUUUGAAAAACAAUACAUAAAUAGCAAUAUCUAAACCUUAAAGUAUUUUACACAAUACAAUAACAAAAUUAGUAAGAAAAUAACAUUUUCCAUCCAUACUCUAUGCAAUGAAAAAAAUAUUUAUCAACCAACAUACUUUAAAUUUAGUUGAAGGCCAAAUUUAUUCACUCAACAAAAAAAUUAAACCUAUCUUGUGGUACCGACCUUGUUAAUGCACAUAAUCACAUCAAUGCGUCCAUGAAAACUCCAGCCCGACUUUCAGGAUUUGUCUUACACUGCGGUUAUUUCAUAUUAAACUAAGUAACUAUGAAUGAUGCAUAUAGUCAAUUACCCUAUAAGAUAAAAGAUUGAAAUCAUAUAGAAAAAUUGGUAUUUAAGAAAUUAUGUUCUUUUAAACUCACCCGUUUGUUCAAUCAUGCCAUAUUAUCAGAUUUAGAAUUUAACGGUUAAUCAAACUAAAACUUUAAAAGAACUAGCCACUUACAGUUUGAAUAACAAUCGUUGUUUUUAUAGUUCUAAAAAUUAAUACCAAGUUAAGAAUAAUACAUCAUUUCUACACAUUCAAUACUGCAAUUCAAUGUGCAAUAUUCCUAUCAAUGAUAUUUUUGUUGCAAUUUUAAAAAUUAUCCUCCAUUUAUAAGAUAGACAUAAAUUAAAUUUAUUAUU